GGUCGAAUGAAAAAAUGGAAAGGCAAGCGUCAGUUUUGCUUGAAGUCUGCGUUGAUUCCAUUCAAUCAGCUGUAAAUGCCGAAGCAGGAGGAGCCAAUAGACUCGAACUCUGUCAAGCUUUGUCCGAAGGUGGCUUAACUCCUUCCGCGGGACUCCUUGCUGUUGUGAAGAAAGCAGUUUCAAUCCCGGUAUUUGUUCUCGUAAGACCUCGUCGAGGCGAUUUCUUUUACUCCGAUCCCGAGGUCGAAGCUAUGGAAAUCGACAUUGAGCGUCUUUCCGAGGCUGACGGAUUCGUUUUCGGAGCUCUGAAAGCAGACGGAUCCGUGAACGAAAGCAUUUGUCGUCGACUUUUGGCGAAAUCUGACGGGAAACCCUGCGUUUUUCACAGAGCAUUCGACGUUUCCUCUGGAGAUGCGAUUUUGGUUGCGAAACAAAUCGCAGCCCUCGGGUUUGUCCGUUUGCUGACGAGCGGCAGAGCGAAAACUGCGGUUGAAGGAAUUGAGACUAUUCGGAAGUUGUUGAGAGAAAGUUCUGGAAACUUGGUUAUUAUGCCGGGUUCGGGCGUGAAUCCCGGGAAUGCGUCGAUUUUCGCUAGUGUUGGAUGCGAACAAGUGCAUGCCUCCUGUAAAAGACCCGUGGGUUCUGCGAUGGUUUUUCGGAAUGAAUGUUGUGCCAUGGGGGACGAGGGUGAAGAUGAAUACACGCGUUUUGUGACUGAGGGGGAUAUUGUGAAGGAAAUCGUGAAUGCGUUGCGCUAAAAGUUCUAUGGGGGAAAAGUUAUUGUUUCAGAUGAAGGAAAUAUAUUCGCUUUCCUCGGUUUCUCUGACGAGUCGUGUGUGAAAUCGAUUUUUUUUUUUUUUUGCGGGCA